GGCUGGGAGAAAAGAGUGUGUGUAAACGUUGCAGAUGCUGGCUGAAGGUUCGCCCUCCUGCUUAGGUGGAUGUGCGGAAGUCAAAUACACCAGUGGUUCCUGGUGAAUGUAAUUGAAGAGUGGAGGGCGCCUACCAAUAGACUAGCAAGACCCGGGGCUACAGAAACGUGAUCUGUUACGGAAUUUUAUUGCAGUACGCCUCCUGUUUUAUAAUGUCUUUCUCAAGGACGUAACAUCCUCCUGAACCGUGGGCAUUUAACUAGCAGGACGCGUUUAAAGGAGCUUCCCCAAACCGGGACUUUUUUGGCCCAUGUGAAUAUCCGCACGUUUCUUCCUCGGAUCAGUACAGCUCAAGGACCAAGGAAUCAGGAGCUUGAAACCAGCAGUCCUGAUGUUUGAGAAUGCCACAGCCAAGAGUGAGGUUAAUAGUGACUGGCGAUGACUUUGGUUACUGUCAAAGGAGGAACCGUGGGAUCAUGGAAUGUUUCAGAGCAAAAGCAAUUUCCAAUGCGUCCUUGCUGGUGAAUGGCACGGCUGCAAAAGAAGCUGCUGCAAUGGCGAUCAGAAACAAAGUUCCUCUUGGCCUUCAUGCAAAUCUCUCUGAGGGUUUACCUGUCUGUGAACAACUCCGAAUGGGCUCUUCCUUGGUCAACAACGAUGGCUUUUUCCACGGAAAAAUGGGAAUUAGGGAAGUGCUGAAGAGUGGCCAUAUUAACCUAUCUGAGGUAGAUAAGGAGCUCAGGGGACAAGUGGAUCUGUUCUGUGAAAUGACUGGCUUUUUACCUCAUCAUAUGGAUGGACAUCAGCAUGUCCAUGUUUUACCAGGUAUUCGAGAUGUAUUUGCCCAAGUGCUUUCAGAUUAUGGCAUUGUGUACACUCGCGUUCCUGUGGAGCCGGGCCUACGCUGCUGUGAUCGGAUAGGACAGCAGCUAAUGGACUUUUACCUGCAGGUUGAAAAGGAUGCAUUCAAUUCGAUAGAUGUAUUCCAGAGACAUGGAAUUAGGUGGCCCGAUAUCUACAUUGGCCUGACAACAAUGGGGAAGAAUAUGUCAGUGUCCAAUAUUCAGACAACCAUAGAGAAUGCCAUAGCAACAAGAAAGGUGAAGCAGCAUCAUUUGUUGGAAGUUUUUCCUGCAGAUGCCCAAAGACAAGAUGGUACAAUAUUGACAAUGGAAUUAAUGGUCCAUCCUGGGUAUUCCAGCUUUCCCGAGGAAGGAGGCUGCGGUGAAGGGCCAGACGAGUUCUCGCUGUCUGCAGACCGGUUUCAUGAACUGGAAACCCUCAAGGCACCAAAGCUACUAAAAUAUUAUGAACAGAGAAAUAUACAGUUGUGUGCUUUUAAAGACUUGUAAAUGAAAAUAGAAGUAUUGUUUCCCAACUCCUGAGGCUGGUGGAGGGAGGAGGGAAAAGGGCUGAGAUUUUGGAGGGUACUACAAGGUGCGAUAAUUGCCAGAGGUCCCUGCAAAGCAAUUUCCAUCUGAUGCAGCGGAAUAGGUCAUCAGAAGGAAAAUGAAAAUAAUCCAAUGUUUCUCGGGAAAGGCAGCAAAAUGCAGGAUUUUUUUUAGGAGUUUAACUACACUUCCAGUAUUUAUUUAAUUCUGGUCCCACUUUUUUUUAACAAUUACUUAAAGAAUUAUUUCGGUGAUUUGUUUUACUUUUUAUAGGAAGCAAAAAUUAGAUUCACAAGACUCUGCAGGGUACUUCAAGCUUUCCGUCCACAGAAUCACAAAAAUCAUGUAACGAGAUAGGCAAAAACCAACCCGUGCAGGGAAAAAAAAAUUUGUACUUGGUUGAUAACUUUCAAUAUUUCUAUAGGGGAAAUUAUAUGAUAACAUUGUGCAAUAACCUGUUCAAAUUCGGUAUGAAGGCAAGAGAAAUAGUUAGUUAAUUGUUUUAAAAAAUCCUCUGGUCAUUAUUUAAGAGCUUGGUUAUAAAUCAAAUUACUCAGCUGACUGUUUACACUUGUGUAUGGUGUAGUAUCUCUCAGGUUUCUUGAUGCAAAGUACUGUAGUGUAAUCCUAGAAGUUUCCUACUUGCAGAAUAACAUUCUUAAAGGACUUGAACUUGAAACACUUCUACAGCACAGGCAGUGGCCAUUUGGUUCAUUGUGCCUGUGCCAGCUCUUUCAGAAAGCUCUCUGAUUAGUUCCACUCCAUCUGCACCCAUAUUCCUUGCAGGUAUUUAUGGAAUUCCUUUUGAAAAGUUCCUAUUGAAUCUGCUCUCACCACCCUUUGCACACUGUAAGAUUUCAGAAAGAGGAAUGGGAUAAAUGAACAGUUAGUCUAAGUUUUAUGGUGAUGAUAACUGUUCGGUUAACACUAGGAACAAUGACACGGCAUCUUCUACAGCUGUCUUAGCAGGGAAAGUAUAUGAAUUCUAGAUUACGACACCAUGCUGUUCUGAUCUCACUCCUGGAAUUUUCUGCCAAACACACUUUAAUGUGUGUCUUCUGGUUACAUACCCUUGUACCACUGGAAGAGAUUCCUCUUUAAUUCAAUUAAAAUGCUUCAUGACUGAGAGUCUCCCCUCAACUUUCUCUGCUCUCUAAACAUCCAGCUAUAUAUAUAUCUAAGAUAUAUGAAGGCAGAAAUUCAUCCAUGAUUGCUUGUGCUAAACAUACAGCUUGCCCAUAAAAUAUCACUAAACACCAAGUUUGUUUGAGGUACAGUCAUGGUCACAUUGAAGCAAGCAUGUUACCCACAGUGAAUUGCACAAACUCCAGGGAGAUGACUGCCAAGAAAGUCUGUUUUAUCAUGUUGAUAGAGGGCUGUUGUCCAGGACUGAGGAUAGUACCCUUGCUUUGAAAUAGUACACUUUUGCAACUGACCUGAAGCAGAGAAAUGCCUCAGUUUAAUGCCUUGCCUCCAGUUAACAUCCCUCAAUAUUGCCCUGGCAACAUUAGCCCCAAACCCAUGAACCUCUGACAGAGAUGGGUGUGCACUGAACAAGCUGCAACUGACACCUUAAAUAAAUUCUUGAAACACUACUCUUCUGCUGAGUGCAGGGUUAUUUCAAAAUUGAAGAGAACUACAAAGUACCUUGGGUCUGCAAGGCUGUUGAUUUACUUAUUUUAAUUCAAUGUUAUAUGUAGAAAUAUAUUUAAAUAUUAAUUUACAUAAUAUUUAGCUAUAAAACAAUGGAAGAUUGAAUGUGUCAUAUGAAGUUUGGGAAAAUGCAAAUGUAUUAAUAAAAUUGGCAAAUAAAAUGCUAUUAUUUGUUAUUCU